AUGAGCCCUAAUAACCGUCAACGCCUUUGGGACCAAUUUGCUGCACUUUCUCUUUAUGGCUACCACGUAUUUUCAUCAGACGCCGCGGCCAAGCCGAACCAAGAGGAACAAGAGGAACAAGUGAAAAUCGUAUUAGACAGCGAGGCAGGGGAGGAAGAAGAAACAACGGCAUCAGCAACACCCUCCCCUAAUCACUCAGUCCUUCCCCAGUUGGAGUUUCGAACUCUUCCUUCCCUUGACAAGAAGCUAGAUCCGAAGAAGAGGGUCCCUGCUAGAAUGAUCGACCAGAUGAUGGUAGAGGAGCUGAUUAAACCCAUUGGAACCAAUGAUAAAAACAAAAGCUUCCUAUACGUCUUUGGACAUGAGAGCGCGAAGGGCCUGUAUAAGGUCGGAUGCUCCCAGACAUACGACAGUCGACUCGAUAAGUGGCAGGCAUGCUACCCGGGGUUGCAACCUUAUAUCAUGAUCUAUUGCCCAAAUGCUGGACGCUUUGAGAAGCUAGUGUUGCAAGAGUUCGCCAUACAACGACGUCAGCAUUCUUGCACAAACUGCAAGACAGAAUCUCACAUAGAAUGGAUAGAGGCCCCUUGCCACGAUAUCAUCGAUAGUGUUCAAACAUGGACAGCAUUCGCGCAGCAUGCCUAUUCAGAUAAUGACAAACUGGGUAUUGACGGCGUUCCAACUCCGGGAUUUUCCACACAACCGAACAGAUGGCGUAAAUGGGCGAAGCUGCAUGUCGAACGGUGGACCAAAGAGACAAAGAACCUAUCCUCUCCACCUGCAUCGCCCGAACCCCCCAUCACCAGCCCUCCAUCGCUUGUUUCUAGUCCUAGAAGUCCCGAUGACCGCCACUUGGAACCCCAUACUCCGACACCGAGAGGUAAAGUUCAAGUGCAUCGAGGCAAGAUACCACAUAUGUCAUUACCAGGGAUGCCACCUAAAACAGCUCUUAACCCCUACUGCUCCGGGAAAGUAUCUCUUGAAAACAAAUCGGGAGACGAAUCGGGAGACGAAUCUGGAGACGAAUCGGGAGACGAAUCUGGAGAGGAAUGGAGAGAGGAAUCUGGAGAGGAAUGGAGAGACGAAUCGGGAGACGAAUCGGGAGACGAAUCGGGAGACGAAUCGGGAGAUGACUAUGAAUCUCCCCUUCGCAGGCGUAGUCCUCGAAUUUUAUCGAAAAUUCAGAGAAGGUUCACACAUGCCGCCUGCGCUGACUGA